AUGGAAGACCAAAAGAUGCAUUUUCGUCACGUUAUGUUUCACUGCUUUAAAAUAGACAGUACGCCUAAAAACACUGCAAACGAGAUUUGUGAAGUUUAUGGUGAUCGGUCUAUAACUGUUCAAACAGUUUGGAAUUGGUUUAAGAGGUUUAGAGCCGAAAAUUUUAAUCUGAAAGAUGAAGAUCGUAGCGGACGUCCAUCCACCACUGAUACUGACCUUAUCAAGGCCUAUCUCGAUGAAAACCCAAGAUCUUGUGUUCGUGAGAUAGCAGAUGCUGUAAACAUUCCGCGAACAACGAUUCAUAAGCAUUUAACAAAGCUUGGGUACGUUAAUCUCUACGAAGUAUGGGUCCCCCAUCAACUGACGGAGAGCAAUCUCCUGAAUCGAAUUUCGACAUGCGAUUUGCUGAUUCAACGGAACAAAAGAGAACCAUUUUUAACAAAAUUAAUUACUGGGGAUGAAAGUCUUGGUCGAGUCAAGAUAAGUGUCCUUCAAUGGUAG